GUAACAGGCUGCUUUGUCACAGCAUGAAUUCAACCUUGAGCUCCAGCCCAUGAUGCAUCUGGGGCCCCCCGUCCAGGUGUUUGGCAGAGCACUUCCGGUACACUGGACACAGGUGAGAUCACGUGAAGCUUUCCAACUCCAGCGUGGGAGUUGGAAUUUGCAGCGGCGAGCUACCAAAGCCCAAGAGGUUGGCAAGGUCAAGGAAAAUGCCUUACCAUUGCGCUUUGUUCAACUGCGAAGAGGACAGAAAGUCGCGGCGGUGUGUGCAUUUCUUGCUUCCCUCGCCGGGCUCGUCCACCUGGUUCUCCAAGCCAUUUCACCCCACCAGUCUAGGUGGAUUCUAGGACGACGCCCGGACGGAGAAGCUCUUGUAGCUCUGUCAUCGUUUCUUUCAGCGCAUCCAUUCGAAUUUCCUGGCCUUCUUUGGGCCAGCAGCGCAACUGCAGGAGCCUGCGAGGCAGCAGCACGUGUAGGGUGCAGCAAGAACUAUCGCACUUUGUAUAUAUCCCUGAUGCUGGCUGGUCUUUGCUACUUGUUUGAUGAGUCCGCAGUGGCCCAGCAGAUCAGGGCACUCGCAAUUUUUGGACCCACAGGAGCAGUUUUCUUUGCGGCCUAUGUUGUGUACAUGGGGUUGGACUGGCUGAGCAACGGUGUGAGUAUUUCAGAGGUAGUGGUCGGCCUCCGUUCUUCACGAAGUUUCGGACUUCCUCGUCCAUGGCGUCUCUCAGGAUCGAGGCUCCUGCCAAAGCUGUAUGCCCUCGCGGAGGGCAUGUGCUUGUUGGAGAUGAGCAGGUCCACGCUUUGGCGGUUUGGACGACUUCUACCAGUUCUUGCAGGUUUAGAUGAGCUUCGUCGAGUUUCUGCACAACCACAAGCGCUCAGUUCUCCAGAGGCUUCCAGACUCAACAAGGGUGCAGGCUUCUGGGCCUGGUCUUCAAUCGUGGAAGCGGCCUUGCUUGGAGUGGUUUGCGCGACAUGGGCACGGCACCUCGGCUGUGUUGGAGGAAGUGCAGUGAUGGCCGGGAUUGUCGCUUCAUUGGUGGCUGCGCUGCCUGCAGCCGUUGUGUUGGCGGUGACUUUUUUCGGAUGGUACAGAGCAGAUGUGGCAGUGGCGAAUCUCACAGAGUCCCAUUCGUUGCAUCCACCGGAACAACUUGGCCGGUACGAUUUGAAGAUCCUGGAGAAGCUGUACGUGUGUGGCAUUGCUGACUACUACCGCUUGCCCCAAAGGCCUUCAGCACCGCCUCAGGUGCCCAUGAAGCUGAAUGACUAUGAGUACUAUCGCUUGAAGGUGCGUUUGAAGGCAGCGGGUGAAGGACUUAGUUUUCCCAAAGCUUGCCUCGACACACUUGCAAACCGGUGCCUUGUUUGCUGCAUGUCCUGCAGACCAGGCUUUUGCCUGGGAGGAACCAUAGGCUGCACGAGUUCUCCCGCAAUCCCUUUAGCGUGCCUCUUUUCGCCUCUGGCUGUCGCAUGCAAAACUCCAGAGUUUCUGUCUUUGAGAAGGGCCAUUGCACGAUCACGCGCAAACAGCGAGUCAGCGAGUUGGUGUGAAAAGUGAGGCCGCUACUGAACGUCGACUGAGCCUGUCGAAUGUCCCCUGCUUCGGUCCGCACUUCCGUCUCUUGAUUGAUCACGGGCCUGUAGUGGAGGCUGAGCCUGAGAACAGAGACAGGGCCUGGAUUCACACAUCAGAAACUCCUGAUAGGAAACUGCAUGAAUCGCAGAAGCACGGACCAUUGGAACAGGUCAUUGUUGCUUGGAAUUUGCUUGCAUGGCUCCUGGACCCUGUUCUGAUGUCCUGAAACUUAGCAGGGAUGACAUCUGCAAACAGAUUCGUGCGGAGGCAACCGGUGGUUCGAAGCAACAAAAGAUAGUGGAGAAGGAUGCCCCUGCUGUACAACCUGCCGCUGCGCAACCUGCUGCUGGGAAAAGUAUUCCCGCGCAACCUGCCGCUGCGCAACCUGCUGCGCAGAAACCAGAGUCAGUUGGCCAGGAUCCAUCUGGGGCACAGCAGCAAGAGCCUCUUGGCAAGGAUGACGCACUUGGUCGGAAAGAGCCAGUUGUCCAGGAUGCACCCGUGGCACAGCAAACGGAGCCAGUUGUGCAGGACACUCCAGCUGCACAGGCUGCGCAGAAGCAAGACCCAGUCGGACAGGAUUCACCUGCCACACAGCAAGUGCCUGCUGCCAAGGAUGUCUCCAAGCUGCAAGAGCCAACUGGGCAGGAUGUGCCCUCGGAAGAGCCAGCUGGGGAGAUGCCUGGCGAGG